AUGCCGACCCCUGCAGAGACAACGUCCCCAGCAGAGGCGGUCUCGCUGCCACCCCAUCUCAGUUCUGAGGCCGCACUGAAGGAGUACUUGGAGUCAAAUGGUGUCAGCACCUCCAAGUUCGGGACCGGCGGCACCAAGACGAUGUCCUGGCUCUUCCAGGAACUGAAGGAGGGUAGCUGUUUCCUCGCGCCUUCAUCCGAGACGUCGACGCCGGGACGCCCCCAGAUCAUGCGUGUCGUGGAGCCGAUCUUCAUUCGCCUGCGUUUUCGCAGCCGGGUGCUUGUGCAGGAGAGACAGCAGUUUCCAGAUGGACGCACACGUGUGCGAAACAUGCUGCUGGCCGAAAAGAAGGAGCCGCGAGACUCCGGUGGCCUGCUGGCAGCGAUUCAUCGAGGCAUUCACGAAGAGCUUGGCGUGUCCUUGGAGGACCUCGGCCGAGAGGAUGUUAUCCGCUACCGUCCAGACACGUACCACUUCGAGAUCGAGCAAAUAGAUUCUGCCUCGUAUCCAGGCCUGCCUUCGUCAUACCGAACGCACCACGUCCAGGUGGAGAUCUUGGAGACAGGUCUCGACGUUUUCUUGCAUUGCGGACUGCCAGAGUUCUCCGACUUUGUCACCAAAGAGAAGACUGCUCAGGGCGAGGUGACGCUCUUCUGGCGCUGGGAUGACGUCCCCACGGCGCUGCGAAAGGGAGCCCGGGUCUCAGAGGCGUCUUUGGUGCUGGUCCGGGCAAAUCCUCUCGCCUCCCUUCGGGUCAUGUCGUCCGGGUCCACGCCUGCGCAGUUCGCUGCCGCUGCCCCGUCGUCGCCUUUGGGGGCGGCUGGCCUUGAGGCGACUCCGGGCGUGGACCUGGCCGCUGGCACGACCUGGGCGUCUACUACCACUACGCCUGGUGGUUUGGAUCUGAACAGCCUCGACGGGCUGGAGCCUACGCCGGCUGAGGCGUCCGCCUCCCCGGGCAUUUUGCCCGCCGAGGCCCUUUCGCGGGGCGGUGCGCGGGGGGGUCUGGAGCCUGACGACAGUCCAGCUCCGUCCGGCCCGCCCCCGCCGGCAGGCGGCAGCGACAGGGGCACCCAGACGUACGAGGACUACUUCAUCAGGUCCUUCGUCGCUGGCAUGUCGGUGCCCCGCCUGGCCGCCGUGAUCCGGGCCCUGUCGCCUGAGGACGCGGCGAACCUCAGAGCGGCCGUGGUCGAGGCCGACGCCACGCCCGACCAAGACACCGCCGCUUUGGGCGAGGACCCGCCGACUAUCUCCUGGUCGGCGCCCUCGGCAUCUCCAACGUCUGGGGCGGAUCAGCCCACGACAGACCCGGGCCCUUCUGCGCCGGAGGCGCGGGCAUUUUGGGAGGGGCGCGACCCUGCGCCAGCCAGGGCCCCGCCGCAGCCGGUCUCCGACCCGCCGCUCCCUGAGGCGGGCUGGGACGCGCUCACGUCCUACCUGGUCCAGCUUGACGCCGCCACAGGGGCGCCUCCGGCGGCAUCGGCUUUGCCCAUUCGGGGGGCGGCAAAGCCCAAGACGGUGGCUAAGGCCCCGCCUCCGCCGGCGCCGCAGCCACCGCCGACGCCAGAGGCGGCCAGCAGCUCCACCGCCAGGGCCGUCGUGAAGGCACCUCCGGUGCUGGAGCCGGAGGCGCCUAGCUCCUCUACUGCGCCGCCUCCUUCGACGGCGCCUACUUUGGAGCCCACGCCGCCGGUGGCCGCGCCGAAGAAGGCCGCGCCCCCAGAGCUCCGGGACCAGGAGCAGGCCGAUGACGCGCACCGCCAGGAGUUCCUGCGGCGCCAGGCCUUUAUCCGCCAGGAGCAGGCUGCCAGAAGCCGCGCGGGGCUUCGCCAGCUGCCGGACAACGCCGACUACGACACCGCCCUGGCCUCCCAGAUCGAGCGGGAGUUCGCCGCGCAGCGCGCCUUGGGGCCACCGCCAGCCCAGCCCAUCCAGCCCCGCGCCGGGUCCAGGUGGUGGAGGACGCACCCACGCCCGGUGCCUAACCGCCCCGUGCCGGCCGCGACCAUCGAGUCGCCCUGGCAGAACUAUCUUCGCGCCGAGGCGGCGGCCGAGGGGGCGGCUUCUUCGUCGUCGGCGGUGCCUCCUCCGCCGAAGGCGUCCUUCCCUCCGCCCAAGGCUGGCGGCCAGGGGCGCCACGGCUUCGGCAGCCGCAACAGGGAGCACCGGACGCACAGGCGCUCGUCCGACCCGAUCCAGGCGGCCUGGGACGACUUCAGGUACCCGCUCCAUGAGCCUGGGGCGUCCAUGGCGGCGACGCCCUUGCCGCCGACUUUGCGUGGCUGGGCGGCAGGCUCCUGGGAGUCGGCGCUCACCCUGGAGCAGGCAAUCGCCUCGGGGGCGGCCUCGCCAGACCCCCAGACCGUCACCCAGGGCGUGGUCCUCCGCACCUUGCCGCCGAAUGUGCGAGGAGGCCGACUGCCGAAACGCCCCGACCGCCACAAUCUCGACUGGGUGGGCUGGUGCUUCGUGGGAUGCCCAGGUGCCUGCGGCCCGUGUGUUUCCCGCCAUUGGGCGGGCGUCCUCAUGAACACCAUGAAUGCGACGCCUGCCGUCCCGAGCUCUUUCGCCGAGCUGGUCGCACAGGCCACCUGCGCCGGGCAGGCCGCCCACCUGCCGCUCCUGGCUCGCGCCGGGGUGCGCAAUCUCCAAGGCCUGGCGGUCCGCCCGGCCAAUGUCAAGCGGGCCAUCGCCGAGCUCCGGGGCGACAUGUUGGCCAAGACGACUCGGGGGCCAUACGAGUCCCGCCUCAAGACAUGGAACAGGCUCGCCUAUGAGGGCGAGGUGUCGCCAUGGCCCAUUUCGGCGCAUGUCCUCGAGGUCGUCGGGGCGGGCUUUAAGAAAGGAGCCUACCGCAGCGCCAAAGAAUAUUUCCUGGCCGCCUUCAGGCACCAGGAGAAUGAUCUGCGCAUCGCCGUCGACCCGCUCCUGCGCCGCCUGGCUAAUCGGAUCAUAAGAUCCGUGGUGCGGGGCCUCCCGGGCUCGCGCCUGAAGGAGGCAUUCCCCGUGCUCGCCUUGACGCCCCUCGUCUCCUUAGCCGACGCCGAGCCCUUCGACAUCUCCCGCCCGGCCCACUCGGUGGACGUCUACAUCAUCGCCGUCUGGUUCAUGCUGCGCGAGAUUGAGGUCGCGGCCGCCCGGGUGGGCGACUUGGUCAUCAUGCGGGCGGAGGUCGUCCUGGAUCUGCCCAUCCACAAGACGGUGCAGGGCGGCGAGAGGACGCUCACCCGCAGAUCUCUCCAUUGCGCCUGCGGGGCGACGACCCAUCCGCUGUGCCCGCUGCACGCGGCGCGCCGCCACAUGCGCCGGAUGGAUGCGGCCGGGCUCCUGGCCUCCGCUGCCCCCCUGUUCCCCGGCACGGGGGGGGGCACCCGGUCCAAGGAGGACUCGGUGCACUUCCUGAACGCCAUCCUGCGGGCCGCCGGCUUGGCGACUACCUUUCUGGACCCGACCGGGGCGGAGAAGAACAUCUUCGGCGGCCAUGCUUGUCGGGUGGCGGGGGCCACCUUCUUGGCCGCCAAGGGCAUCCCCCUGGCCGUCAUCCAGCUGCUCGGCAGGUGGUCGUCGCGGGCCAUCGAGCGCUACACGCAAGCGGCCCCGUUGGUGCUCGCGCCGGGGGCCGUGGCGCGCGCCCUGGGUUCCCGCCAGGCGCCAGGGGCGCCCGUUUCAAGCGGGGACCCGCGCAGACAGGCCGAGAUGCAGCUGGCCAUCUCGGAUGCCCCCCCGGCUGAGGAGGAUCGCCGGGCACAUGGCCCACCCUCGGCACAGUUGGCUGCCCAGGGUGAGGGUCCCGAGAGCCCGGCCUUUGAAUGUGUGCCCGACCUGGCCCCGGCCAGGGCGGUGCCGCAGGGGGACGCCGGGCCCGACCACUACGUGUACCUCGCCAGGACGAGGCGGGUUCACCGGCCAGACGCCCAGGAGGCAAUGGCUGAUAGAGCCGCCUGGCGGGCGGCGGGGUGCGGUUGGCCCUAUGGCUGCCGCCAGUUCUUUCGGCUUUCUGCGCCGCCUCCGGGCGCCGCGCUGUGUAAGCGCUGUUUCCCGGGCGAAGCCCAACGCCAGGAGCCGGAGUCUCCCGGCCCGGCGUCUGUCCAUGGCUCAUCGUCGAGCGAAAGCGCCGACACUAGGAGGGGGCGAGAGGAUGCCUCCUCCACUCCUUUGCGCCCGGUGCUUAGCUCUCCUUGGCUCUUUCCUCUCGCCCGCCCCGCCCCUCCCCUGCCACUGAUUGGCCCAGCCAUGCCGGGCCACAUCGCCGGGGGCUAUUUUACGGUCCCGUUCGUCCGUUUUGGCGGCCCAGCGGAUUUCGAUGUCCGCACCAGCCUCGCCGGGGCGGUCUACCAUAACGGCAGGUCGCCUUGGGAGAUGCUCCUCUCCCUUUUCGGCCCGAUCAUUCGCCUGGACACCCUCCCGGAGUUCGCCGCCGUCGCUCGCGACGAGGACGAGUUCUUGGCGGUUCUCGUCAGGCCGUACCUCGAGGGCUGCCGUUCGCCGGGUACGGGGUCCUUGCUCCGCUGCCCGGCAGAAACCGCCCGGCACGACAGCUGGGCCCUGACAAAAAUGUGGCAGCACGCUCGCCGCCACAUCGACUGGCUCCAGGAGGACUCCCAGGCCCGGGCGGAGGCCUGGGACAGGACCUGGGGCCUGGGCCGACUGCCGCGCCGCGCCUGGCACCCGGCAUGGGAGCGGCCCAAUUUCGACACGGGCGACGAGGACGAGGAUCCGACAGUGGCGGCCACCAUCCUGCCUGAGCAGCUCGCCAGGAUCCUGGGCCCUCGCCCGGCCACCCGGGAGCCCACGGAGAUGGUCCCGUACGCCGAGCACGCGGCGGGGGUCCACCGACGGGACCCAUUCUACCUGGCGCGCCUGGGGCCCUGGUCCAGGGUGGUCCAUCGCCCGGCCAGCCCCCACCUCGACGACGGGAUCGCAGAAUGCGGCCGCCGCGUUGAGCAACGCCGCCGGGCCCUUAUGUAUUGGGCCCCGCCUCCCGCCGAGAGGGGCGGCCUUCCUUGGAGGUGGUGCGUCGUCUCCUGGUGCGGCCGCCACCUCAGCCGGGUCGACGACGAGGUGGUCAGCGAGUUGGAGUGA